CCAAAAUAUCCACCAAAGAAGAAGAAUGAGCUGUAUUUCUAUGGCAACGACAACUAUCCCUCACCGUCCUACAUGCUAGCUUGUUUAGCUUCUAAUAGCAUCUGUUAUUAGCAACAUUAGCUUUUUAUUGGUGACAGUUACUCAUAUCGACAAUAGCUGCAAGUGCUAACGUAAUGAAUUAUAGUUGUUUCGAGUGAACAGAAGACAAAACGACGUGUAUGUUUACAGUAGCGUUAGCUUACAGAGAGUGUUUGCUAACAUUAAGCUCUAUCCAGUGAUUGAUGGCAGACUGCUGGAACACAGACACUGGAGAGGCUGUGUUUCGGUCCAGGGAUGUCGUUAAAAACUUAAGGAUAAAGGUGCGUAUAGAAAGGGUAACCUCUACAGCAGCCCUCUCUCAGCACCUCCAGCAACAAGUUCUGUCCCAGCAAGAAGGAGGAGCCAUUGAACUGGAAACCCUCACCUCUAAAGGCCAGACAGGUGACAAUGAAGAGGAGCAGGUGGUGGGCUGGCAGGAGAAACUCUUCAGUCAGUAUGAGAUGGAGCUGUUCCAGAAUGAGGCAGCAUGUCAGACCCCUCUGGACCGUCAGUACCACACAGAAGUCAAGGCCCUGAAUAAGGCAAAGGGCAAAAGAAAUCACAGACUCUUCACAUACACUGAUCACGACCGCUACACAAACUGUCUUCCAUUUCAACAACUGCAAGAAGCCACUGACUUGCUGACCACAACCAAAUCCAAUCCCACAUUCCUGGCUGAAAGGAUGGCCAGUGUGAGACACAGACGGCAGGAAAGACGCACCAUGGAUAGUAGUGUUCCAAAGUCAAAGAUCAUCACCUGGGAGCCCACUGAGGAGUUUGUGAAGAACAGUCAUGUGGUGAAUAACACAAUGCAGACCAUGCACAUCAUGGCAGACCUGAGCCCCCCUGGAAGGCUCGGUCAGAAAGAGAAUGAAUGUUUGCUGGUCACCAUAAAAACAGACGGCAGUGGAACAGUCAUUGUCAAACCUGACUUCACAAAAGGCAAAGAGCCUUACAGGAUUGUCACAGAUGGGGAGAGGAGAGAGGUGUGGCGUCUCUUCCUGGAGAAUGUCUCUGCAGUCAUGAAACCGGAGGAAAAGGAGAAGGAGCAGAAUAUGUACAAAGAUCUGUACGUACGGCACAAGGAGUACCUCAAUAGUCUUGUGGGACAAGACUUUGAAAUGCCUCCUGCUGGUAUCCUGCGCUACGUGAUGAAUGGAGAGAUUGUCUCAGCCAAAGGAUUUGAAUAUGAUAACUUAUACAUCCACUUCUUCGUGGAACUGCCCAACAACUGGUCCAGUUUGCCAUUCCAGUGUCUCUCAGGGGUUACUCAGACCUGUCAGACUAAAACAGUAGGGAAGGAAAAUGUAGCUUUCUUCAGUUUCCCAUUCAGCUUUGAAGCUUUCUUCAUGUGUGAAAAAGAGACUGAAGAGUCGAUUCCUCAGUGGCCAGUGCUCUACUUCAAAGUUCUUUCUCUGGACUCAUGGCAGCGUUAUCGGACGGAGGGUUACGGCUAUCUGCUUUUUCCUGCCAUACCUGGUAAACACACAGUAACGUGCCACACAUGGAGACCUCUGCAGACAGGAACCGUCUCAGCACUGAGACGCUUCUUUAUUGGAGGUUCACCAGAGCUUGAAGACCACAGCUACGUCAGGAUACCUGGGACCUUCAAGGGAGAGAGGCUGAGUCGCUUUGGCUUUUGCACAGAAACCACAGGAAGCGUCACAUUUAAUCUGCACUGCAUCCAGCAGGCCAGGGCCUUUGUUGAUGCCACCAUGUUGAAGAAGAGGAGGCAGAAAGUGUUUGAUCAGCUGGGAGGAUUCAGUCAGCAAGGAGCUGUUUGCACCAUCUUGGAGGCCUUCCAAAGAGCCAGGAGAAGGAUGCAGGAAGCCCGAGAAAGUCUUCCAAGAGACCUCAUCAACGCCACCUCCCAACUCCAGAUCGAGUCCUCUGCAUACAUGUGAAAAGUUAUUGUCUAACAUGUAACUCAGCUGCCAAUCCUCAACAAUUUAUUUAGAGGUUUAUAACUGGAGCAACAUGUAUUAUUAUUAUGAUAUCACAUGGUAUUAGUUUCUGUUCAUCUUAUUUAUUCAUAAAUUAUUAUACAUUAACCAUGUUUUACUGAUAACCUACAAGAUAACGGAAAGGAGAUUCUUUUGUGUUUCAAGAUAUUUUAAGUCGGUUUAAACUAGGACCAAAACUGAUUUAUCAGUCCAAAAACAGGGUAAAGUAAAUGUGUCAUCUGAGUAUGGUAUGACCUCAAACUGCAUUCCUCCUGAGGUCGAUGCCUCAGAUUAAUGUUACAAACAUGUUUUAUUUUUGAGGUAUGGACAGUGAAGCUUGAUAAAACUUGACAUAAAACACAAAAAUGGAAAGUCAUUGUUUGUAUAAACUGUAAGAAUAUUUCUUCCUGCAAUGUGUACUUACUUCUAUUGUAUUUUUUCACUCAGUUUUAUAGCAGAUUUAAUUAAAGCUCAAACUGAAAUGAUUCCUCUAGUGUAGGUUUUGCUCGAGCAGCUGAGGGCGUGUGUUCAGGACUUACAGACCGGAUCAGGAUGACCAAACAGACCGUUCAUUAUUCUGGUUUUGCUGACAUUAAGGAUCACCGGCAAGACCUUCCUCCCGUGUUACAUUCAUGGCUCGUGGAAGCUGUAGGACACGAGCCAGUCACGCCUGAAAUACGUCGCAUUUAAAUCUUGUACAGCAAAUGAAAAAUUAAACUUAGGACUUGCAAUAA